AUGAACAAUAAUUUAAAUGAAACACUCCCUGAUCCGAGUAGAGCGAGGAAAAGAAACAGCAGAAAUGACAAGAUAGGACAAGAAGAAGUAACUGAUAAUAAUAUUUUUACAAUUGAUGAAGAAAAUAUCACCACGUCAUCAUCUAGAUCAUCUUAUUCCUCAGAUAUGAUUAAUCAUCAUCACCAACGGCAUAUUGCUUAA